AUGGCAAGUAAUCUGCCAAAGACUACUGCAGAUGUGCAACAAGAAGAUAUCUUUCAGGCCAUCAGGAAUAAUGAUUUGCCAAAAGUCCAAAGUCUACUCAAUUUCUGCAGUAUUCAUUCAUCAAAUAUUGUGGAUAAAACCAAUAAAAACAAUACACCUCUGCAUUGUGCCGUAGAAGAGAACAGGUAUGAAAUAGUCCAGGAACUAUUAUUGGAAAAGUGGAAAAUAAAUAUAAACGCGCAAAAUGAUGAUGGUGAUACUGCCCUGCACGUAGGCGCCAAGAAGAACUCCGAUCGACUGAUACAUUUGCUCCUCAAAAACGGAGCAAUUAGCGAUGCCGUCAACAAGGAUGGUAAAACAUUUCUGGAUGUGAUCAGGAUAUUGGUGAUUCAAACAGGAAAGUGCAAAAGCAACAACCAAGUUAAGAAGAGCGUAGCUAUAUCUAGUCAACCGGGACCAUCUCGAAUAGUUACAGGUCAAAGUGAGGAGCAAAAAAUAAAAAUAACUGAGAAAAAGGCUACAAAUUCUGCAGUCGAUAAAAAUAAACCAAUAGUAUCUCCACCUUUAUUGGACAGAAAUGCUAAAAUAAACAAUAUUACCAAUAAAAACUGGUCCCUCCUGCACGUUGCGGCACACAAUGGAGAAUUAUCAAGGAUUAAACACUUGAUAAACCUUGGAGCCAAAAUAGAUGCCAAAAAUGAUGACAAGUUGACGCCGCUCCAUUUUGCCGCUAUGAAUGGAUUUAUAGAUGUGGUUCAACUAUUGAUCGACAAAGGAGCGAAUAUUGAAGCUAUCGAUGAUCAAAGACGGACGCCAUUAUAUGCUGCAUCUGAAAAUGGUCAUUUGGAGGUAGUGCAGUUUCUGAUUAGUAAAGGCACCAAUGUCAAUGCUGCUAAUAAACAAAAUUCGACUUCAUUGCACAUCGCAUCUCAAAAUGGUCAUCUGGAGGUAGUGCAGUUUCUUAUUAGUAAAGGCGCCAAUGUCGAUGCUGCUAAUAACACAAAUUGGACUCCAUUGCACAUCGCAUCUCAAGAUGGUCACUUGGAGGUAGUGCAGUUUUUGGUUAAUAACGGCGCAAAUGUCAAUGCUGUUGAAAAAGUAAAUUGGACUCCAUUGCACAUCGCAUCCAACAAAGGUCAUUUGGAGUUAGUGCAGUUUCUGAGUAGUAAAGGCGCCAAUGUCAAUGCUGUUAAUAAUGAAAAUUGUACUGCAUUGUAUGUUGCAUCUCAAAAUGGUCACUUGGAGGUAGUGCAGUUUCUGAUUAGUAAAGGCGGAAAUGUCAAUGCUGUUGCAAAAUCAAAUUGGACUCCAUUGCACAUCGCAUCUCUUUAUGGUCACUUGGAGAUAGUGCAGUUUCUGAUUAGUGAAGGCGCCAAUGUCAAUGCUGCUAAUAACACAAAUUGGACUCCAUUGCACAUCGCAUCUCACAAAUGUCAUUUGGAGGUAGUGCAGUUUCUGAUUAGUAAAGGCGCCAAUGUAAAUGCCGCUGAUUACAUAAAUUCGACUCCAUUGCACAUAGCAUCUCAAAAGGGUCACUUGGAGGUAGUGCAGUUUCUGAUUAGUAAAGGCGCCAAUGUAAAUAUUCGCAAUUCAUAUAAUUGGACACCACUGCACUGUGCAACCUAUUAUGGUCACAAAAAUGUCGUCCAACUAUUAAUGAAUAAAGGUGCGAAUCCUGAUGUAGCAAAUACCAAUAACAAGACGCCGAUGGACCUUGCUGUUGAAGGAGAAUAUAAAGAAAUUGUUGAACUACUGCAAACUAAAACAACCAAAUGA